UUAUUUUCAAAUGAUAUCGUAUCAAAACUUUAUACUUGUGAUAUAGUUAUAUCCCGUCAAGAAUUUUGUCAAAUAUUAAAAAAACUCGGAGAGAAGAGAUAGAUAGAUAAAUAGACGGAGAGAGAUAUAGAGAACAAAACUCCACUCAGCAUGAACCCAGUAACAGCGCUCUACCCCGUCACAGAGAAGGGGACCCGCAAACCUAAGUGUGCCCGCUGUAGGAACCAUGGAAUGGUGUCCUGGCUGAAGGGCCACAAGCGCCACUGUAAAUUCAAAGACUGCAACUGUGCAAAAUGUAGCCUAAUUGCCGAACGCCAGCGAGUGAUGGCCGCUCAGGUAGCGCUAAAGCGCCAGCAGGCGGCCGAGGACGCCAUUGCGCUCGGACUCAGGUGCGCAACAGAGGGUUCACUUCCUAUCAUGACUCAGGGCCCGCUCUGGGGCCCGGGAACUGUGUCCCCACCUGAGGAUAAAGACAAGAAAGGAACUGACAGCGAUUCCGACGAUUUAGACGACAAUUCCAGCGAUGACAAUGAGCCAGCUACAAAAGUGGUAAAUACUGCGCCAGAGCCGACCAAUUCACGCCCCGACACAUCCACCCCUGACUCCGGGGAGGAGAUGGACCCCGCCCGGGUAAAGCCCUCCGUCCCAUCGACAUACCCCCACUCCCUUCUCCCGCCCAAUGCCUUUCUACCGGGACGUUUGUCUAAUCUAGAAAUACUAGAGAGAAUAUUUCCGUUUCACAGGAAAUCUGUUUUGGAGCUUGUUCUACAAGGCUGUAAUGGAGAUUUGGUGAAAUCCAUCGAACAAUUUUUAUCCAGUCAGGAGAGCAUGCUUUCAAGUCCUCACAUCAAGUCCGACCUCAGGCCACAUCCCUAUCUACAACCCUUUCAGUAUGGAUCAGCAAUGAAAUCUCUGAACGGUAUCUCCAGGUUGUCUCAAAAUGGGCCGGGCUCGGCCUUCACCCCGUUUUCGUCUGCAGGGCCUUUCAAUCCAUCUGCGAUCCACUCGGCCUUCCAAUCUCAUCUAUCAAAUUUCUCGACAGACAGUUUACGUCCAACUUACAUGGCUGGUUCAACAAGACCUGACAUUUUUACGCCGAACAACCAACUGACGUACCCUCGCCUGCAUCCUCUGACAUCAGCGCCAUUUCCGGGAUUUUUCAGUGGUUCGUUCCCGCUAACCCCAUACAGACUUGAUAUGAGUGACGUCAGUUCCUGUCACAAACCUCACUCAGACAAACUUACAGGAAAGGGUUUAACCCCAGAAAAGGGACACGAAGCAGAUAUGUGGGACGACGCCUCUCGUGAGAGAGAACGAGAGUAAUUUGUGACCAGUUAUUGUAGUAGUUUAUGCUUUAUAUCACAUGGGGAACAUUUACGCUGAAUUUUAUGUCUGUGUUUCAUUUAAUAAAACUGUUACAA